UGUACUGUAAAAUGUGCUAAACCUCAGCUAAGUUGCUAAACCUCAGUGUUUAUAGUUUGGAAGUUAUUAUUUCCAUACUCGUAAUUUAUAAAUUUAUAUAAAAAACACUUCUCAUGUUGAUAAAAAGAUUAGAAGCUAUUUAUUCGGGGUAUUAGAAGCCUUUUGAUAUUAUUAGUUCUAUAUCAAUCUGGCUUCUACAGCCGGAGACCAUGUUUCCAACAAGCUCACAAAAGAAAAAUUGGAUGUUUAAGGAUGAAGGGGAGCUUCAAACUCUUAGAGCUGCUGCCAAUAGAAAUUACAUUGAAACAUAUCAAGACAAAUUGGAGCCAGCAGCAAAACAGGCCAUGUUGAAUAUGGAGGAAGAAAGAACGUUGCUUAAAUUUUACGAGUUACAAAUGAGGGAUUUAUGCCGGCGAUUCCAGCCGCCUAUGCCAAGAGCUGUAAUUGGAACUGCAUUUCAUUACUUUAAACGAUUUUAUGUCAACAACUCCGUCAUGGAUUAUCACCCAAAAGAAAUAUUGGUUACUUGUGUUUAUCUUGCCUCUAAAGUAGAAGAAUUUAAUGUAUCUAUUGUCCAAUUUGUUGCUAAUAUAAAAGGAGACAGAGAAAAAGCCGCUGAUAUUAUAAUAAAUAAUGAGUUACUUCUAAUGCAGCAGCUGAAUUAUCAUUUAACUGUUCAUAACCCCUUCAGACCUGUUGAAGGAUUCCUUAUAGACAUUAAGGUGCGAAGCCAAUUAGACAAUCCAGAAAAACUUAGAGGUGGCAUCGAUGAACUAUUGGACAACUUAUACCUGACUGAUGCUUGUUUGCUGUAUUCUCCAUCGCAAAUCGCUUUGGCAGCGAUACUUCAUUCUGUUAGUAAAAACAAAGAAAAUCUGGAUGCUUAUGUUACACAAACACUGCUUGGAGGGGAUGCCAGUCGCCUUACAGACCUCAUAGAAGCCGUACGGAAUAUACGUGUCUUGUAUAAAAUAACCGAACCGCCAUCGAGGGAAUAUGUUAAGAGCCUGGAAAAAAGGCUGGAAUUAUGUCGAAAUGAAGAAAAUAAUCCAGACAGCCAAGUAUACAAGGAAAGGAUGCAUGGGUUGUUGGAUGACGAGGACGAAAGAGCAUCAAGGAGAUAUUCAAAAGCCACAAGAAAAUCUCAAGGGCAGAGCGAUUCAAAAUUAUUGGGUGUAAAUACAAUUCCAUCAGAGGAAAAACAUUAAUAAUUAUUUAUUCGUAAUUAAGUUUUGUACCUAAUGAGUUGAACAAAUGUGUAUAAAUUGUAUAUAUUAUAUUAAUUAUAGCUAUGUGCGCAACUAACUAAACAAAAAGA